AUGCCGCCACAGCGUGCCGUCACCGCAAACACAGCGGCGGUAGCAACAGCGACUACACGGUUGGUAAUGGCUCGAACCGCCGGCAGCAUGGACACACACAGCACGACCACUGUUCAUGACAAUGAGGAUGGGGAGUAUAAUGACGGCCCGGAUGUAAUUGUUCGUCUCCCUUCCAUUCGACCUAUCGACCAACGGUGGGAUCGAUCUCGAGGAAUCGUGUUCGGAAGCGCACCUCGCAAUCCAGACUCGACCCGAGUUGCGCCGAAUAGCAUUACCUGUGGUAUCCGAUCCACCCAGACUCGACGAUAUGCACAAAGGGCUUUACCAGCAUCCAGGCCUUACCAACAGCCGGCCACCUCGCCAAAGGCAACGACACUGUCCGACAACCCGUAUCACACUCCUACGCCCCUUCGUAUAGCAUCCGACAGCCAGAAGAUGAUUGAUUUGGGCAAAGAGAAAGAUCACUGGAAGGCCAAGGAAGCACAGGUCGCGUUGAAGCACAAGAAGGCUCUUGAGGUUCUCGAAGACCUAAGGAAGAGGGCGCAGGCUCGUGAGGAUGAUCUUGAGGCUGACCUUCGAAAAGCUUGCGCUUCCAAGGAGCAUCAACAACGGGACCACACCCGUGCCCUAGAUGAGCAACGCAAAAAAGUGCUAGAGGGAAGCGAGACCACCAUGUCUCGGUUGAGGGGGCAAGUGGCAUCUUUGACGCAGUUGUCAGACCACUUCAAGAACAAAGCGGCGGAAUUGGAGCAAGACAUGAACACACAGGACGAGGAGCAUAAGCGAGACUUGGCAGCCCAGCAAAAGAGACUUGAGAUGUCGCUCAGUCUACAGCUGGCGGAGCAAAGGCGGCAAGGACAGAUCCGCAAGAACGAGCGAGCGACCUAUGAGGAUUAUCGUAAAGUGUACAAUGAGCUUAUUGAGGCUGUUCGAGAAUUUUACAAUCCUAUCUUCUCCAUGGAGAGGGCUCUUUUUGCUGUUAUCAACAGGAGAGGAUCAUUGAAUACACAUUCUGACGGAAUGAACAAGAUCAAUCCUAUAGUUCUUGUUUCGAGAGGUAAACUUUUCCGACGCUUGGACGAGUGUCAACAGGCACUGGUUGCGAAGCACGAAGAGGAGGGACAGUCGCUUCAGUCCCUCCGAAACGCGAUGCAAGAGAAAGUCUCCAACUUUUCGAACGCAGCGCAUGAAUCCAGGACCCAGUCGAGAUAUCAUCGGAUUGAUCAGACGCAGACGAAGAUGGAGACUGCGGACGUACUUCACUACGUCGCCAACGAUCUACCCGUCCGACAGGAAAGCCGAGCGGUCGAAGGCGAGAUGAAGAGCCUACAGGAAUCUAUGGACCGUGAACAGGACGAGACUGUAGUAGCCUCGCUCCAAGCGCAGUACGCUGACCUGUCGACGACUCGGACGAGUCUGAGUAGCCUGAUAGGGCUCUUCGCCAGGUUACGUGACAUCGCCGCACUCGAAGCGUUGCUGUCUGACAAUAUUGUGGAAAAGGAAGUCUUCGUGGCUUCAUUGGAGGCACAAUCGCGCAUUGAGCAAGCUGGCCGCAUGUGGAUUCAAGCAGUCGCCAAGUCAGCAUUCGUGAAUGCAGAGAGUGACGUAUCUUUCGAGGAUCAAGCUUCAACACGCAAAGAAUACACGCGAAAUCUUCGCCAGACACACCAACGACUUGACGAGUACAAGGAGAACGUGCGGAAACGUGUUUGGCUUCAGCAGUAUCUUGGUCUCACAAAGCCUGGUCUGGAAGACGAAGCUGAUGCCAUUAUCAAGGAACGUAUCGACAUUGCGCGCGUGGAAGAACGUGGGCUGCUCAAGAAGUUCGGAGUGCAGAGGAUGAAUCGCAGCAGUUCUUUCGCGCGAGCAGUCUCUCCUACACGGUCAACGAGGCGCGUGAGAAGAAUGGAAGCGCGCGCUUCGUCCGAGCCGCCAAAAGCAUCCACCGCUAUAAAUAGCACAGAGUCCACCACGGCCCAUAGAGCCACUGCAUUUGGUCUACCUCUCAGAUCCAUGGAGCGCAAUCUGUCAGAGCUCAAGCGACGCCUUCUACGCUUGCCAGAAGGCACAGAGAAGGUCUGGGUUGCUGCUGAGACAGAGUCACUUCGUCGGAAAGUAGGCAGUAUUAAUCUAUCAAACUUGCAAAGAAAUCGGGAACUGGCGCGCCAACCGAAUAACGAGGAUCUCCCUGCAAGGUCGACCGGAGCCAAGUCUGUGCUGGCUGAUGCAACGAGCAAAGGCCCCACGACAUCAGCCAAUGCUGUCGUGCGUCGCUCUCCAACCAGGGCCUCUAUAGUGAGGACAUCCGCAUCUACAUAUCCUAACGGGACCAGGAGUGCUUUCCGGAGGACGUUCUCGUCUGGCUGCCGCUCUUCGUCAAAUCCUGGAUUGAUGUUGGGGAACGUCUCCGAUGACAUGGCUGGUUUGGAUGGUCUUGAGUCAGCUAUGCAGCAGACAACCAUAUCAGGAUCACUCAAUGACACUUUGUCUACCUCGUCGAAUCGCAGCCCAUCAAUUAGUCCAGGGCUCAAAGCUAGCAAAGACGGGUCGACACCGAUCGGCUCAGCUCCAGACAUGAGCGACCCAGGCAACUCCACUAAGCCAGGCGAACAAGACGGUGGUGUCGACGACGUUGAAUCGACCUCCCAACCUCGAUUCCGCAUACCAGACUCAGCGUACCGCGAAGCUGCUCUCGCUUCCCCUAGCAGUAAUGCAGCCUACUGGUCCUACAGACUUUACAAAGACGACAAGGGCAGGUCACCAUCUGUACACUACUGUACAAAUGCUCAGCAAGCCGAGCGCGAGCUCCAGCACUUCAUUGGCAAACCACUUAUCGGCUUCGACAUGGAAUGGGACAGCACAGCCAACAAGAACUCCCACGCCAAACGCAACGCCGCUUUGAUACAGAUUGCCUGCGAGGAUCGUAUCUGCCUGAUUCACAUCGCUCGCUUCCCAAGUGAUGAUCCAGACCAGCUUGUCCCACCAACACUUCGCAUCAUCCUCGAGUCUACUGGGACGAUAAAAGCAGGCGUCAACAUCCAAGGCGACGCCCGACGUAUGCGCGAAUACCUGGGGACGGAAGUCCGCGCUCAAUUCGAGUUAAGCCACCUCUACAAAGUCGUCACGUUCGACCGCGCGGACAUCAACAAGACUCUGAAAGGCGCUAGCAUGGCCGUGCAGGUUCAGAAGAUCUUGCGUCUGCCACUCAAGAAGGACGAUGUGAGGGUUAGCGCAUGGACCCGGCCACUGAAUCAGGAGCAGUGCGAUUAUUCUGCUUCGGACGCUUAUGCAGGGUAUCAGCUGUUUAGGGAGCUGGAGGUCCGACGAGAAAUGAUGGAUCCCCGGCCGCCAAGACCGGCGUGGCAAGAGCUCAAGGAGCCGCUUGUGCUAGGCGAUGGGACGAAGUUGAGGGCGAGGCCGAAGGGUAGCGCUGUGAGUGCUGCGAAAGCUUCUACGUCUACACCUGCUGAGGAGCUGGACGAUGAUGCCGAAGAGGAGUUCUAUGAUGCUCUUGAGACGCAGGAUGCGAUUGGAGCAUUGGUCGUGCCGUUACAGGGAAUCAGCAUUUCAUGUCCUUCUCUGCCUUUCGGUAGUGAUGAUGCGACCGCUUCAUCAAAAGAUCCAGAGCUCCAUGCCACGACAGCCGCGCCCGCCAUUCAGGACAACAUCGUCCCAGACAAACCUUCUGCUAUCAUAACUACAGAACAUACCUCAUGCUCAGAACUCGACCAAGCAGAUUCCUGGAUAGCCCGAUACCGCACCUCCUGGCGCAUCCAGCCGGGAAAGUCCCGAGCCAGCGUGCCCAACCUCCGAGCCCAUCAUCUCUGGCACGAACAGCGGCUCGAAAUCGCUCAGGCAGCGGCUUUGCUACGUGAUCCUCCCUUGUCGAUUAACACCGUGGCGAGCUAUGUUCUUGAGGCCAUUAGGCAUGAGGAUUUGCCGUUCAAGGCUGUGCGGUUGCGGGAGGUGUUGGGGCUGAUGCCGGAGGUUGUGAAGCAUAUCAGCGGUAAGGAGUAUCUCUACUAUCAUGUGUACGUCUACAAAGAUGAUCACCAUGAUGAACGAGUGGUAGCCGUGGAUGUGACGCAUGAUCCACUCAAUUCGGAAGCGCAAUUGUAG